AUGCCGUUAGCUUUGAAAUCGACACUACAAGCAACGCUAUUUGUCGUUUGGGGCUUUAUAUUGAUUAAUUUGAUACUUCUGUCAGCAUUUACAUUCUUUCUUUUCAAUCUCUGUGUAACAACAUUCAUGAUUUGGUUCAUCAUCACAAUUAUCGCAUGGGUAUUGGCAGUAAUUCCGAUUUUUAAAUUCGUUUUUAUACCAUGGCGUCGAAACCAAUGUCGUUCAUGGACAAGAAAUGAUCGACAAUGUCGUUUAAGCAUAGCUUUCUUCCAUCCAUAUUGUAAUGAUGGUGGCGGCGGUGAACGUGUCCUAUGGAGUGCAAUUGAAUCAAUUCUUAAAAAAUAUAAAAAUAAUAUCCAAGUAAUCAUUUAUACAGGUGAUACAAAUGCCACUCCGGAAGAUAUUCUUCAUCGUGUAAAACAACGUUUCGAUAUGAACAUGCAAGUCUAUAAACCAUCCAUAACAUUUAUUUACCUUCGAAGUCGCUUUUUCGUCGAAGCUAAAUACUACAAAAUGUUUACUUUGUUAGGACAAAGUAUCGGCUCGAUGAUCUUAGGUUUAGAAGCCAUGGUACGUUUUAUUCCUGAUAUUUACAUAGAUUCCAUGGGUUACGCUUUUACUUACCCACUGUUUCAUUACUUAACAUCAGUACCGGUCUUUGCUUACGUUCAUUAUCCAACGAUAAGUACCGAUAUGCUUGAACAAGUUCGAGAACGUCGUCCGACUUACAACAACCGCGGUUUAAUUGCUAAUAGUUCAAGUGUUAGUAAAAUUAAACUUACGUAUUAUCGCCUAUUUGCAUAUUUGUAUGGAUGGUGUGGUAAAUGUGCACAAAUGGCUUAUUGUAACUCAUCGUGGACCCAAGGACAUAUUGAACGUAUUUGGGCAUUACCCGCACGUUCUAUUCAUCUAGUUUAUCCACCGUGUGAUGUAAAACCAUUUUUAUCAAUGCCGUUAGUUGACGAUAAUGAACAAAUUGUGAAAACAUUUGUGUCCGUAGGACAGUUUCGACCCGAAAAAGAUCACGAAUUACAAAUUCGAUCGUUUCACGAACUUUUACAAAGAAUCCCUGAACAUCGACAAAAACUACGAUUAAUCUUGAUUGGCAGUGUUCGACACGAGGAUGACAAGCAACGUGUUGAACAACUACAAACACUUGUUGAAAAUUUAAAUAUCGUUGAAGAAGUUGAUUUCAAAUUAAACAUCAGUUUCAACGAACUGAAGACUCAUUUGAACAAAGCCUUGGUUGGAUUGCACACCAUGUGGAAUGAACAUUUUGGAAUUGGCGUUGUAGAGAUGAUGGCAGCUGGUGCUAUUGUUCUCGCCCAUAAAUCUGGCGGUCCGAAAAUGGAUAUUAUCGAUGAAGGACAAACCGGUUUUCUCGCGUCGGAUAUUGAUUCGUAUGCGACAACGAUGCGACAUAUAUUAGAAAUGAAGCCAGAUGGACGGCAACAGAUACGGGAACGCGCACGUGAAAGUGUCGAUCGUUUUAGUAUGAUGAAUUUUGAAACAAAAUUUAUGGAACCACUUGAGAAGUUUAUACAUUUGGAAUAG